CAAAAAAAAAGAGGGGGGAAAAUUGGAAAUUAGGGUUUCUUCAAGACAAAGGCAAUAACUUUGAUCCAUGGAGGAGGUUGACAUAGACGGUAGGUCUGGAUUGCUGGGACCUGUGUCUCUGAGUUAUGAGUUUGGUUCUUUUCCUAGGUAUCUGAUUCCUCCGCAUAUUCGAUGGGACGAGAAGAAAGAGCCCAAGUACACGACACUGCAAGAGUUUUUUUUUGAUAAAAAGACAAGUCCGGAAGAGCAAGGGAUUCGACAUCGAUUUCACACAGUUCCGCUCUGUAUGGUUGAUUUAGACAGUACCAAGUUUGCUUUGGCCCCAGAGACCACUAGAGAGUUACUCAAGAGGCUGUCUCAAAAAUCCCUUAACAAGUACAACAGUGAAUGGGUCUGCUUUUUUUAACUCCUCUUUUGUCUUUGCCCUUGUUUAUGGAUAGAUAGAUUAAUACUAGUUAGUUUGAUCUCUCUGCUGACCAAAAUUUUGGCCUCCUACUUUGUAUUCUAUGUUUGAUCUCUCUGCUGACCAAAAUUUGACCAAUUCGUAGAGAUAAGUUGUUCUUAUCUACAAAAAUUAAUCAUCACUAUGCUCACCAUUGACCAAUUUAUAGGGGGGUGUGAGUGUCGAAUUAAAAACUUUCGAGGAAAAAAACAAAGAAUAGAAACAUUAGAAUAGAGGAACAUCCAAUGCAAUUAACGCUAGUUUCUUUACUUCAAAGUUAGGGUUUCGUUUAUGGUAUCAACAUAAAGAGCGAU